AUGCUUUUUCUUCUUUUUGCCACCGCCGCUCUUGCUGCUAGAGUUAACCCGGAGUUCGAGGACUGUACCGACUGUCUGGUGAUCACCACUGCUGAGUCUUUGGCAGGUACCAUCACCUAUACUGGUCCGACGGAGGUUCCAGAAACCACAAGUCUGAAAACCCGUCAAUCGACAACUCACGAUGAAACGACUUCUGCUGAAACGACUCAGGAUGCACCUACCCAGGCGGAACCGACCACUGAUCAGGCUCCUGAGACACCAGUGACCCAAGCUCCUGCUACGACUUCAACAACAGCUACUUGGCUGGACUCUGGUCCAAUUACAGAGGCACCCUUGUCGUCUGAUUGGAUCGUUUCCACCAUCACCGUUAUUGUUCCCCUGAGUUCUGUGGAAACAGUCACCCAGUGUCAUCCAAGUGUCGUUCUGAAGACAGAGGUGGUGACCUUAUCCACCACGUCUUCGGUAACCAAUCUUCACACUGAAGAGGCACCUGAUGCUUGCACUGCUGUUGUCAAGAGGGGCUUUGAUUUCAGAAACGGCUCAUACACCAAAGUCACUCAGAGCUGUUCAGGCACGGCUCAUGCGACGGUGAAAGCUGCGGUCACUGUGGUGGUCUCCCUGUGGCUUGAGACGCUGGUUGAAGUUUCAACCACGUCUUCUUGCGAGGAAGCUGCCAGUACCAUCACAGGUUCCGAGGUGAUAACUACCGAGACAACCCUCACUGUUCCCAACCCCAGUGGCCCUGGAGUACCACCAAAGGAGAGUUCAAGUAACGAAGAACUGACUGGAACGCAUGUCACUCCUAAAUCCCCAGGUCAACUGACCCCUGUUUCCCUGGAAUUCGCUGAAUCUGUUACAUCUGAAUCUGGUACACCUUCUUGUGCCGCUACCACUGUCACCGUCACGGAGCCUGGAAUAUGUGCUUUUGCCAACGGUGUCGAUCUACCAGUACCAAGCAUUGCAACUCUGCUUUUUGCCACCUUCUUCCUUUUAGCCUUCUUCUAA